GUGUGUUGUGGACUCGUGGUGCUGGCUGCUGCUGUUGAGGCGGCCGGGAACGGGCGGUGGGGAGCAGGCGGAGGUGGCCUUGCUUCUGCCUGGCCGGCGCCUCAGUCGGCGUGGGCCGCGCCCGCUGCCAUAAACUGCCCUGAGCGCCGGCAGCGGCCGAGGGAGACGUCGGGGCCUGCACCUGAAGGGGGCCUGCCGCACUGGCCCCGAGGAGGGGGCGUUGCCAUGGCGACAGCCUCUCCCGCCGCUGACGGGGGGCGGGGGCGGCCCUGGGAAGGAGGGCUGGUCUCCUGGCCCCCAGCCCCUCCCCUCUCGCUCCCUUGGACUUGGAUGGGCCCGAGUUGGGGGCAACACCCCGGGGUGGGUGAUGCGGAGUGGCCCCCCCAGCACUGGGGCUUUCCGGCUCUCACAGAACCAUCAGUACCCCCAGCUGCCAGUCUCGGCAUCUUCGAAGUGAGGAGAGUUUUAGAUGCUUCUGGAUGUUCAGUGCUAGCACCUUUACAGACUGGAGCAGCUCGAUUUUCUUCAUAUUUACUUUCAAGAGCAAGAAAAGUUCUGGGCUCCCAGUUCUUUUCUCCCUGUGGUGUUCCGGAGUUCUGCUCCAUAUCCACCAGAAAGCUGGCGGCCCACGGCUUUGGCGCGUCCAUGGCGGCAAUGGUGCCCUUCCCUCCCCAGAGGUAUCACUACUUUUUAGUGCUGGACUUUGAAGCUACGUGUGACAAGCCACAGAUUCAUCCUCAGGAAAUCAUCGAGUUCCCCAUCCUGAAACUAAAUGGGCGGACCAUGGAGAUCGAGUCCACCUUUCACAUGUAUGUCCAGCCCGUGGUGCACCCACAGCUUACUCCCUUCUGUACAGAGCUCACCGGAAUCAUUCAAGCCAUGGUGGAUGGCCAGCCAAGCCUGCAGCAAGUGCUGGAGAGGGUCGAUGAGUGGAUGGCGAAGGAAGGCCUCUUAGAUCCCAACGUCAAGUCAAUCUUUGUCACCUGUGGGGACUGGGACUUGAAAGUCAUGCUCCCAGACCAGUGCCAGUACCUGGGCUUGCCGGUGGCAGACUACUUCAAGCAGUGGAUUAAUCUGAAAAAGGCAUACAGCUUCGCCAUGGGCUGCUGGCCCAAGAAUGGACUCCUAGACAUGAACAAGGGCCUCAGCCUGCAGCACAUAGGCCGGCCCCACAGCGGCAUCGAUGACUGCAAGAACAUCGCCAACAUCAUGAAGACGCUUGCCUACCGCGGCUUCAUCUUCAAGCAGACGUCGAAGCCGUUCUGAUUGGCCGAGGACAGGAUGGGGCAGGACAGGGUAGCCGCCUGGCCCGGCCAGCGCCCUCCUCUCCCUCACGGAGGGACCAAGGAGAGUGGCCCAGCUCCACGUCCAGAGCGGCCCCCAGCUGCCCUGGGGGCUUGUGCCCGGGGAAAGGGCUUGGCUCCGCGGCCCCUCUGGAGCAGAUACUUUGUGCCCCCUCCCCUCCCCCACCUCAGCCCAGUGUCAGCCCCUCUCGCUGUGGGCCUGGGCUGGGGGGAGCCAGGCCCCCACCGCCUCCUCCCUGGAACACAGGCUUCUGCUGGGGCCAGCCCGGCCCCUGUGCCCCCUCCUACCCAUACUGCAUGGUGCGUGGUGCCCCCAGGGCUCCAGGACAGACCAGGCCCCACUUGUGUGUACCCCCACCCUGCUGUGAACGUGCCACUGAAUAAAGUCGGGGAAUGAGG